GCUCAGCCUCCUAUCAGACAUCAGAGAGCCCACAGCGCUCCCCUCCAGGCUCCAGCCCGCAGGAAUUCAGGUUCUGCUUGUUGGAAGUUAGCAUGCCUUCAGAGUGAGUAAGGCUGCUCUCGAUCAGAGUGGAGACUGGUAAUCCCAGUGUCCUCCCAGAACUCGAGACAUUUUCAACUGGAGCGCAGACGGCGUCGGAGGCAGAGCUGAAAGGAGCAGAAGUUGUGCUGGGAGGGAGCCCCGGGAUGUAUUUACCCUGGUGUUGCAUUCAGGAGCAUACGACCAUUCCUACCCUUGCACUGCGAGAUUAAUAAAGUCUUUCUGAGUGAUUCCCAAAAUACUGUCCAACAUGCCUGAAAAUCCGGCUGCAGAUAAACAGCAGGUGCUGCAGAUCCUUGAUCGUCUGCAAGCAAAACUGCGUGAGAAACGAGAUGCCCAGCAUAAUGAAAACCUGACUGUUUUGCGUAACACGCUCAGGAGCCCUUUGUUUAACCAGAUACUGACCCUCCAGCAAUCCAUCAAGCAACUGAAGGAGCAACUCAAUUACAUGCCUCCUGACUGGUCAGUAGAUUUUGAUUUUACCAAAAGAGGACUACUAGUGUUUGCUGACAAAUCAGUUGCUGCUGGAAGCGUGUGUAUGCCUCGCAGUUCACCUGAACCCAGAGCAUCUACCUUUGCUCCCAACCUGGGAGUUAAUGAAUUCAAUGCAAUCAUCCAACAGAUGGCAAAGGGGAGACAAAUAGAAUCGAUAAAGAUUGAAAAGCCUUCUGUUGGAGGUCUUGGAUUUAGUGUGGUUGCCCUUAAAAAUCACAGCUUGGGAGAAGUUGGUAUCUUUGUCAAGGAAGUCCAGCCAGGAAGCAUAGCUGACAGGGAUCAAAGACUGAGGGAAAAUGACCACAUACUGGCCAUUAAUUGCACCCCAUUGGAUCAGAACAUUUCCCAUCAGCACGCUAUUGCACUCCUCCAGCAAGCCACAGGAUCUUUACAUCUGGUUGUUGCUAGGGAGCCAGUUCAAGGAAACAGCAGAACUUCGUCUGUCUUAUUAAGUGAUAUAAAUCCACCUGAGACCAUUCACUGGGGCCAUGUUGAAGACGUUGAGCUGAUUAACGAUGGCUCGGGAUUAGGCUUUGGAAUUGUAGGAGGAAAGACGAGUGGUGUAGUUGUAAGAACGAUUGUUCCUGGGGGAUUAGCAGAUCGGGAUGGGAGGCUCCGAACAGGAGAUCACAUCUUACAGAUCGGAGGGACCAACGUGCAGGGAAUGACCAGCGAACAAGUUGCGCAGGUGCUGAGGAACUGUGGGAAUUCUGUUAGGAUGGUAGUUGCAAGAGACCCCAAGUGUGAAAUGACGGACAGUCCGCCAGCUCCUGUGAGCUGGCCCGUUAGUACGUUACCUCCCUUUCAGAAUGGAAACGAUAAUGCCAACCUUUUUGAGACCUAUGAUGUGGAACUUAUAAAAAAGAAUGGGCAAAGCCUGGGGAUAACAAUUGUUGGAUAUGCUGGCACAUGCGAUAUAGAACCGUCAGGGAUUUUUGUGAAAAACGUAAUUCCUGGCAGUGCUGCUGACCACAACGGCCAAAUUCACGUUCAUGACAAAAUUGUUGCGGUUGAUGGAGUUAAUAUACAGGAUUAUACCAACCAAGAAGUGGUGGAGGUGUUGCGUAACACAGGGCAGGUUGUGCGCCUUACCUUACUUAGAAGGAAACCUUCUUCUACCAUCUCUUCACAAAGAUGCUCAGAUAAAGGUAACACAGUGCAGCCAAUUGUUCCAGCCUUACUAUCCCCCGGAGCUGUAGGGACUGAAACCAGUGUGGACAGUAAGAAUGAGGAAAUCCAAAACCAGAAGGAUAAUUUUCAGACUGAAAAGAAGCAGAGCCUGCAUAAAUCAGGAAGAGUCCCAUUUCCUCCAGCAUAUGAGCUGAAAUCCAAGUGGGAAAACCUGCUGGGACCUGAAUAUGAAGUUAUGGUUGUGAAUGUGGAUAUGCCCAUUACGGAUGACUCAGAGCUCCAGAAGUACUCAAAGCUAUUACCCAUCCACACUUUGAGGUUAGGAGUUGAGCUUGACACGUUCGAUGGGCAUCAUUACAUAUCAUCAAUUGCUUCAGAUGGUCCUGCUGCAACACUUGGUCUUCUGCAACUGGAGGAUGAACUUCUAGAGGUAAAUGGAGUUCAGCUGUAUGGAAAGUCACGCCGCGAGGCAAUCACUUUUCUGAAAGAAGUGCCACCUCCAUUUACGAUGGUCUGCUGUCGGCGACUUUUUGAUGAUGGCAAUGAGUCUCUUUUGGAUGAACCCGCUGUGGGAGUUUCACCUCCAGAACAAAAGGUGAAACCUGAGGAAGACAUAAAUCCUGAAGAAGAAGAAGGGGAAUUAGCGUUAUGGUCUCCGGAUGUGAAGGUUAUUGAACUAGAGAAAGACAAAAAUGGCUUAGGAUUCAGCAUUUUAGACUAUCAGGAUCCCUUAGAUCCAACAAGAACAGCCAUUGUGAUCAGCUCUCUGGUGGCGGGUGGAGUAGCUGAACGUGGUGGUGAGCUGUUAGCGGGUGACCGCUUGGUAUUUGUCAAUGAGAAAUACUUGGACAGCGCAACUUUGGCAGAGGCAGUGGAAGUAUUGAAAGCUGUGCCCCCAGGAAGAGUUUCUCUUGGAAUCUGCAAACCUCUGGUGGGAGAAAGCAAAGAAGAGCAGAGCAUGCACGGUGUGGAUACCAGAAGCGUUAAACCCAGCCCUGCAUCUCCAGAGCCAACAGAUAAUUUCUCAAUAAUACUUGAAGCACCACAGGGCUUCAGAGAUGAAACACCUUUUAAAGAAGAAGCCGUUGAUGAACCGAUUUUGGACUUGGGAAGGUCAUUCCAGCUUUCUAAAAAUGACAGCGAGUACGAGAAGGAGUCCUGGGAGAUGCGUGAAUUUUGGAAACCCAGAACAGAAGACGUGGAUGAGGAACGUGAGAUGUUGGUGGAUGAUGUGUAUGAAGAUCAUUUAGACUUCCUGAAGUACAGUGCAUCACAUCAGCAGGAAGCAGGCUCAGAGAAGAACCUCAAUACAGACCAAUGGGCUGAGAAGCUUGAGAAAGCUAAAACACAAGAAUUAAGACCUAGUGUUAACUUAAGUCCAGAGCAGUCCCUGGAAUACCCAUUCAGUAAGGAGCAAAUGUAUGAAGAAAAUGCUUGCGGAAGUUCUCUGUCUUCUGGAGCUACAGCAUGCAGCAGCUAUCAAAAAGGCAGAUUGGGUACUGAAGCUACCCAGUCAGGAACAGAAAAACAGAUGGAUUUAGGUACGACGCUUUGGAUGGACUCUAAAGGAACUGAGCUUUCCGUUGACCUAGAAACUAUUGAAAAGGAAGAACUAAAAGGGGAGGAUUUUGUUUUUUCCACCAACCAGCAAUCUGGGAGAGUUACGUUAGCUCAGCCUAGAACAGUAUCAUACAGUGAACUGCCUGAGAGAGAAGAAGGAGAAGGAGAAGAAACUCCAAACUUCAGCCACUGGGGACCACCACGCACUGUUGAGAUCUUCAGAGACCCACAUGUGUCUCUUGGAAUCAGUAUUGUUGGUGGACAAACUGUCAUAAAGCGCCUGAAGAAUGGAGAGGAACUUAAAGGGAUCUUCAUCAAACAAGUUCUGGAAGACAGCCCAGCAGGAAGAACAAAGGCUUUAAAAACUGGAGAUAAAAUACUUGAGGUUUCUGGGAUAGACCUACAGAACGCCACACAUGAGGAAGCAGUAGAAGCUAUCAAGAAUGCGGGAAAUCCUGUUGUGUUCGUAGUUCAGAGUUUGUCUAACUUACCAAAAGUGGUUUCUGCUGUACAGCCUAAGGGAAUCAAAGUCAGCAAAGAUCAGGAUGCAAACAAAGAAAAUAAGAGUGAAAAGAGAAAAUAUGGGGCUCCACCUCCGAUGAAAUUGCCGCCUCCUUAUAGAGCACGGGAAAGACUGCCCUCAGAGGAAGCUAACGUGGAUGAAGAGGAGGAAGAGCCUUGUGCAGAGAAAAAAAUCAGGCAAAGAUAUGCAGAUCUACCGGGAGAGUUGCACAUUAUUGAGCUUGAGAAAGACAAAAAUGGGCUUGGACUGAGCCUUGCUGGCAACAAGGACCGAUCUCGUAUGAGCAUCUUUGUGGUUGGGAUCAAUCCAGACGGACCUGCGGGACGAGAUGGGAGGAUGCAUAUUGGCGAUGAGCUUCUGGAGAUAAACAAUCAGAUAUUAUAUGGGAGAAGUCAUCAGAAUGCUUCAGCAAUAAUUAAGACCGCCCCAUCAAAGGUCAAGCUAGUUUUCAUACGAAAUGAAGACGCCGUCAAUCAGAUGGCUGUUACUCCUUUCCCAUUGCCUUCCAGCUCCCACUCUUCUAUUGAGGAUCAUGGUGGCACCGAAACUGCAAGCAGUGAAGAAGACCCAAGCUUGGAUGUUGUCAUGAAAAGUCUGACUGACGAGGAAUCCAAUAAAGCUGAUGUGAAAUGUAAAGCUGACAAAGCAGUGUUGGUGGAUCAGUCGGAAGCAGAAGAGCAGCUCCCAGAAAAUGUUCUCAACCAGAUCAAGCAAUCUAAAUCUUCAACAAAAGUACCUGUCAACUUGCAGGAGAUACCCCUGGUGUCAGCACCUACUUAUCUUCCUCCAGACACAGAAGUCACCAGCCGCAGUGUCUUUCCACCUCUGUUGCCUGUGGAUCCAGCAACAUGUCCUAUUGUUCCUGGGCAAGAGAUGACUAUAGAGAUAUCCAAGGGUCGGUCAGGGCUUGGACUCAGCAUUGUCGGAGGGAAAGACACUCCCCUGGAUGCCAUCGUGAUCCACGAAGUUUAUGAAGAAGGGGCAGCAGCCAGAGAUGGCAGGCUUUGGGCCGGCGAUCAAAUCCUUGAGGUGAACGGGAUCGAUUUACGGAACGCCAACCACGAAGAAGCUAUCACUGCGCUGAGACAGACGCCUCAGAAGGUGCAAUUGGUUGUUUAUAGAGAUGAAGCUCAUUACAAAGAUGAAGAAAACUUAGAGAUUUUCCAUGUAGAUAUUCAAAAGAAAACAGGCCGGGGACUAGGGCUCAGCAUAGCUGGAAAACGAAAUGGAAGUGGAGUGUUUAUCUCUGACAUUGUUAAAGGAGGAGCUGCAGACCUAGACGGAAGAUUAAUUCAAGGAGAUCAGAUUUUGUCUGUUAAUGGAGAGGAUAUGAGAAAUGCCUCACAAGAGACUGUUGCCACUAUACUUAAGUGUGCCCAAGGCCUAGUGCAUCUCGAGCUCGGGAGGUUGCGAGCUGGGUCGUGGCUGUCAGCACGGAAAACAUCCCAAAACAGUCAGGCGAGCCAGCAGAGUGCCCACAGCCACUUCCACCCCGCACUCGCCCCGGUCCUCUCUACCUUGCAGAAUUUUGUCAGCACAAAAAGGUCUUCAGCAGAUGUGUCUCAGAGAAACUCAGGAGCAGAUACGGGCCCAAGGACUGUGGAGAUAACAAGGGGACCAAAUGAUGCGCUUGGUAUCAGUAUAGCAGGAGGGAAGGGGAGUCCUUUGGGAGACAUUCCCAUCUUCAUUGCUAUGAUUCAAGCCAGUGGUGUGGCUGCACGUACCCAAAGACUCAGAGUUGGAGAUCGGAUUGUCAGUAUUAAUGGGCAACCUUUGGAUGGGCUGUCUCACGCAGAUGCUGUUAAUCUACUAAAGAAUGCUUAUGGGAGCAUUAUCCUGCAGGUUGUGGCGGAUACCAACAUCAGUGCUAUCGCGACCCAGCUGGAGAGCAUGUCUGCCGGGUGUAACCUCAACUCUUCUUCUGAGCAUGCUUCUGAAGAUCCUGAAGCACCUCAGCCUAAGAUUAUUACUUUGGAGAAAGGCUCUGAUGGACUGGGAUUUAGUAUUGUAGGGGGGUAUGGAAGUCCCCAUGGAGACCUGCCCAUUUAUGUCAAGACUAUAUUUGCCAAGGGAGCAGCUGCGGACGAUGGCAGACUGAAGCGUGGCGAUCAGAUUGUCGCGGUUAAUGGGGAAGCUUUGGAAGGUGUUACUCAUGAGCAAGCUGUAGCUAUUCUGAAGCGCCAGAAAGGAACUGUGACAUUAACGGUGUUAUCAUGAAUGUCAUUGCACUUGCAGAGAUAAAUACAAUUAUUUUAGAACAUCACUAGAGCUGUAAUAAUCCCGUUCAGCCCGGAGCCGGAUGUAAAGCAAACUCUGGCGAAAAUUAAUCAGUCUUCACCCCAUUGCCAGAAAGGGUAGUGUGCAUCUUGAGCUUCAUUUAGCCUUCCCCAUCGAUCAGCCUUUCUCCCCUCCCUCCCCUUCUUCUGGUGGCUUUUAAGUUUCCCCUGGACGAGUCUAAUUAAGAAACUUCAAAGAAUAACAUCAGUUUUACGUUCUGCAUCGGUUUAUCCCCACCGGUCUGAACCCAGAGACAACUGCUGAACCUGGGCUCUGUUCGCACACAAAAGAGAAUUGAGAUCAUCAGCUGAUCUCAUCUGAUGAGCAGAAAUAAACGCUGAGUGACUUGUCAUCUCACUCAUGAUUUACUUAUGCUAAUUGUCCUUUCAAGUAUGCCAGAAAACAUUAGCAAUGUAAUUAAAUUACCACUGUUCCAAAUGAUGAAAUAUCAAAUUCUCCUCUGGGAAAUUAUUUGUGCUCGGCACAGUAAGUCUGAUAGUCAAAUGUGAACUUCUCAUGUUUAUCUCUUUGGGUAGGUCUGCGGAAGUUAGUCAGAGGUAAUUACUGUGAUGUGUCAAUUUGCAGCCUUUAGCAUGAAAAAUAAACGAGGGGAGAGGCGAUUUCUUUUUUUAGGCUUUUAAAACAUUUGAGCCUUUUCAGAUAUUUAAGCAGCAUGAACAACAACGCAUCUCGUUCUAAUUAUAUUUUUAAGGAAGAAAUGUGCUGAUAUACGCCAGGCAUGUUGCAUA